CUUCUAUCUGCCAUUUGGCUAGUGCUUUUUUAGAUUUCAUGGAAAAUAAAUCAAAUUAUUGGCAAUGUAUGAGGCCCCUUGAAACAAAACCAAAUUUUUAGUGUGAGCAACAGCGAAAUGGCGAAUUCGAAAUCGUUAAAAUCAAGCAACUGGCCCGGCAUACUGGACUCCAGGACCGCAUUGCGAAAGUACUUCGCACCGCCACCCAUAGCGGCCGGAGCGCAGGAGAGACAUACGACUUACUCUCCCCCAAACUUUGUGGGAGCUGAACCCAUGCAGCAACCCAGAAUGAACUCCGCCUGGCAAUUGGCCAGCGAUCCCUCUGGUCUCUCGGAGUUCCGUAUUCCGAAGCGGAUCAAGGGAUUGAAGGAUCGUGAAAGAAAGAAGCUGGAACGGAAGGUUUGGGCCAGGCCGGCAAGGAUCGAUGUAACCAAGAGAGCUGCCAAAUUGGGAGCUAUAAACAUCGAAAAGUUGCAGAAACAGGAUCAGGUGGAGUCGCCUCCAAAGUCGAGAUCACCAGCUAAGAAGGAGCGAAAGAAGGUCAAGAAGCAAUCGUCACUGCUUCGGAAGAGGCCCACCAAAAUAUUUUCCCACUCUGGCUUCCCGCGGCGCAGGAACAUCCUGGUCGUGGACGCCAAGAGGUCCCCAGGAAUGGCACACCUAGCUGGUGGAGCGGAUCAACCUCUGAAAAGCACUUCACCUGGACGGGAGGGAGACGUCUACCGUCCGAGAAUCAAGAUGAGUGGCCGGUCCAAAAAGACCUACACCGUGCCCCUGUGCAGCCGGCCCACCGAGAUAAUAGGCACGCGCCUUCCCUACUCCCGCCAGAUGCAGAUGCGCCAGGAGAAGCUCUGUCAGCAGCCGGAGUACUACGACCAGUAUAUCCGCAUGCUGCACCAGCAGCAGCGUCACCAGCAGAUGUGCCAGCACGAGCAGCAGAAGCAGGACUUUGCCCGUCAGAGGUACCAUGUGACCCAACACCCCUACUCCAUCUUGCCACACGCCAUGUCCGAGGAUCAGCAAAACUUGUACUCCGUGCCCUCCAAAACGCCACUCAAAAGAUUAAGGGGCGGCAAGCGGCUGUGUGGCAACUUUUACUACGACUAGAAAUGUGAUCAAUAAACAAGUUGCAGAACAUAUU